ACAAACCUAUAUGUUUUCCCUCACACUCAAAACACCUUCAUUUCUUUGUGCCAUCUUCUUCUUCAUAUACUUGGAUAGAAAAUGGUAAUUGAGAAGUGUAAGGAUAUUGAAAAUGGUGACAGCGAUGGGAUUGAGGAUUUGGGAAAACCCCUUAUUGAGAAUAAGAAAGUUGUUGAUUCUGAGGAUGAUAACAGUGAUUUGGGUGACCAGAAAGGUUCCAAUGCAAUGGUUUUGCUCAGUACUGCUGUUGCUGUCUGCGGCUCGUUUGAGUUCGGAUCAUGUGUGGGCUAUUCAGCACCCACUCAAUCUGCUAUAAGGGAAGAUCUUAAUCUUUCCCUAUAUUCCAUGUUUGGCUCCAUAUUGACCAUUGGUGCCAUGAUUGGUGCUAUUUCAAGUGGCCGAAUUUCGGACUUCUUUGGUCGAAAAACGGCAAUGAGGUUGUCAGCAGCUUUUUGCAUCACAGGAUGGCUAGCAGUCUACUUCUCUAUGGGAGCUUUGUUACUUGAUGUGGGAAGAUUCUUCACUGGCUAUGGCAUUGGAAUUUUCUCUUUUGUGGUCCCCGUGUUUAUCGCUGAAAUUGCACCAAAGAAUCUCCGCGGAGGGCUCACAACACUUAAUCAGCUCAUGAUUGUUGCUGGUUCAUCACUUGCUUUCUUGAUGGGAACAGUCAUAACAUGGCGAUCACUAGCCUUGACGGGACUUUUACCCUGCGUUGUCCUGCUCUUGGGCCUAUUCUUCAUUCCAGAGUCGCCGAGAUGGCUGGCAAAGGUAGGCCUCGAGAAGGAAUUUGAAGCUGCACUACAAAGGCUUCGUGGCAAUGAUGCUGAUGUUUCACGGGAAGCAGCAGAAAUCCAAACUUAUAUUAAAACACUUCAAAGUCUUCCAAAAGCUGGACUGUUGGAUUUGUUUGACAGAAAAUACAUCCGUUCUGUAAUUAUUGGGGUCGGAUUAAUGGUAUUCCAACAAUUUGGAGGCAUAAAUGGAAUAAGUUUCUACGCCAGUCAAACCUUUGUCGCUGCUGGACUUUCUUCGGGCAAUAUUGGAACCGUAGCUUAUGCCAUAAUUCAGGUUCCGAUAACUAUAGUUGGAGCAGUACUAAUGGACAAAUCAGGAAGAAGACCGCUUCUCAUGGUGUCAGCAACCGGAACAUUUUUAGGAUGCUUCCUCACCGGAGCCUCUUUCUUCCUCAAGGGCCAAAGUUUGUUGCAUGGAUGGGUCCCAAUACUGGCUGUUUCUGGAGUCCUGAUAUACAUAUCAGCAUUUUCAAUUGGAAUGGGAGCAGUUCCUUGGGUCAUUAUGUCUGAGAUCUUCCCAAUACAUGUGAAGGGCGUUGCCGGGAGCUUGGUAGUGCUAGUGAACUGGUUGGGAGCUUGGGCAGUUUCUUACACUUUCAACUUUCUCAUGAGCUGGAGUUCCACAGGUACUUUCUUGUUGUACUCUGUAUUUUGCGCCCUCACUGUGCUUUUUGUGGCAAAAGUAGUACCAGAAACCAAGGGAAAAACAUUGGAAGAAAUUCAGGCAUCCAUCAACCAUAUAGACAUGGAUUAGAGUGGUGAAUUUGAUAUGUGAUAUUGGCUAAUGUGUGUACUAUUUUUGAGAAUGGAAAUCAAAGCAAGAUCAAGACAAGAAAGGUUCAUGUGGAAACAA